GCCUCUACCGCCCACAGCUAGUUAGCAUAGUUUGGCUAAAAUCUACGGCAGAUAGCCAGUAUGCUAAAUAAACUCUCUAGACAGAUUACAGAUAUAUCAUUUUUAUCGACUCUACCGUAAAGCUGAAUUCUAUGAAAACUAGAAAAUUCGAAAGCCAAAAAAAGGAAAUGGCGGCUACAGGAGAGUUAGCAUGCUAAUUAGACAACAUUAGCAUCAUGCUAACGCUGUAUGGGAAGUGUAGUUUUUUUGGGUUUUUUUUUUGGUUUUUUUUAAACUAAAAUCUAAUUUUUAAAAAAUUACAUCACGGAUACAAAUCAUAACCUGGAUGUAAAUGUUUUAGAAAUAAUAAUAAUUAUUAUAAAUACAUUACAGUGCCUCUGAGUGAAUUAGACUAAAUGAUGGAAUUUACUUCCGGCAUCAGUGUGACGUCACUGUCACGCACUCUGGUGCUACGUAGCUCACUUUUGAAACUUCCGGGAAAGUGAACAUCAGGAAUCACUACAAGCUCUGAAGCUCUGAGAGGGAAAUAAUAACAGGCAGGUGAGAUGUUGAGUCCAGCUGCAGUGUUGAGAAGUUUGAGGAACAUCAGCCUGUUCAGUGACUCCAGCAGCAGGAGGAGGAGGAGGAGGAGGAGUGCAGGUCCAGCCCAGGAGCUGAGUGAUGAAGAUUCUCUCCUCCAUCACCUGCCUGUGGAUGUACAGCUCCUGAUCCUGACCUUCCUGUGUCCUCGGGAUCUGUGCAGACUCGGUGCUACCUGUCACUACUGGAGCUGGAUGGUGCGCGACCCGCUGCUCUGGAGGUACUUCCUGAUUCGGGACGCAGCCCGCUGGAGCUCUGUAGAUCACCUGUCCACCCCGAGACUGCACUUCCUCACUGAGCCUGCGGGGGGCGACACAGAGACCGGCACCGACUCCGACACGGAGGCAGAGACAGAGAGACUGGACUACAUGGCCGAAUAUCUGCGUUGUUGUCCCGAGUGUCGCUCUCCGCAGCGCUGCACUCCUCCGUCCGCUCUGUCGUUCUUCCUGCACUCUCUGGUGUCGGACACGGAGCCGAGGUUCUCCAUGUUCGGUUCUGGGUUGGAGCAGCUCGACGUGUCGCUCAUGACUGUGAUGAUGAACUCUCCUAACGUCCUGAGUGUAGCGGGAAUCCCACAACGCCAGAUUAACGGUAUUGGAUCAGGGAUCAGUUUUGUUUACGACGGCCAACACAAAUUCAACAUCAUCACUUUAUAUUCAACCAACAGUGCAGAGAGAGAGCGAGCGCGUGUGGAGAGGUCCAGAGUGAACAGUAAACUCUUCGUUCACGAGGAUGAUGGGACAGGAAGUGGGCGUUACAGCGUCGCUCCUCAGUUUCAGGAAGUCUUCCGCUCCGUUAACGGAUUUAUUUACGUCGCGAACGCAGAGACACAGACAGCUCUAAGGGAGGAUGAGUACGCUCAGAUCAGCGCAGUGGUACAGCCCGUCUUCGGUCCACCAUCUCGUCCUCUCCUCGUCCUCUCCUGUGUGUCCAGAGAUGGAGAGACUCAGAGGAAGAGUGCAUGUGUUUCUGUCGCUCAUCAGCUACAACUCAACCUGCUGCCCAACCCAUGGAUGGUGCAGGACGUGGUGGCUGAGUCUCUCUCAGGACUGUUGGAGGGAAUCGCUUGGUUACUCAGACACUCAGGACUCAGAGUGUAAAUGAUGGCACUUUAUUUUUAUAUUUUUAUUUUAUAUUUUAAUUUGGUUCAUUACAUUUAUUAUGAAAGUGGAGUAGCUGUAAUAGCGUGUGUAACGCUGCACAGUUAUUACGAGGGACUUGGUUACGUAUGAAUACGGCUCGUGUUUUUUAUUGCCGUCUGCUGGAUUUUUAUAUGCAGAAUUUUUCAAUCAAACUCAUUUUUUCAUUUAUUUUACACGACGCAUGUAAAGGAAUUCAGUGAGAAAUGAAACGUGCUGGACGUAACGACGCGAUGUUUCCUGCAGGAGCUAAUGAUGAUUUACUCCUGACUCACAGCACACAGGUGUGACAUUGUGUGUUUAUUUUCAGCUGAAUGGAAGUGAAUAAAGGGAACAGAUCUGCACCUGACCUGCUGUAUAACAGUCACCGGAGAGAGGAAGAGUGUAACGGAUUACAGUAUGCAAACUGUUAGAAAAUAAAGUUUAAAAUCUUGUUUUAAAGUUAUUAUAAAAAUAAAAAUGAAAACGUCUCUGCUAAAUGAGCUGCAGUCUCCACAAAACUGACUUGGUUCUCAAGUGGUUUAUUAAUGUACUGAGACAGUAGAAUAACUACAGGGGAUGGUAUCCAUGGUGACGCUCUGUACCCGAACUACAACAGUGUUGUAUCCAUGGUGACGCUCUUUACCCAAACUACAACAGUGCUGUAUCCAUGGUGACGCUCUGUACCCAAACUACAACAGUGUUGUAUCCAUGGUGACGCUCUGUACCCAAACUACAACAGUGUUGUAUCCAUGGUGACGCUCUGUACCCAAACUACAACAGUGUUGUAUCCAUGGUGACGCUCUGUACCCGAACUAUUAGUGUUGUAUCCAUGGUGACGCUCUGUACCCGAACUACAACAGUGCUGUAUCCAUGGUGACGCCCUGUACCCCGAACUAUUACAGUGUUGUAUCCAUGGUGACGCCCUGUACCCGAACUACAACAGUGUUGUAUCCAUGGUGACGCUCUGUACCCGAACUACAACAGUGCUUUAUCCAUGGUGACGCCCUGUACCCCGAACUAUUACAGUGUUGUAUCCAUGGUGACGCCCUGUACCCCGAACUAUUACAGUGUUGUAUCCAUGGUGACGCCCUGUACCCCGAACUGUAACAGUGCUGUAUCCAUGGUGAUGAGUUCAUAACAUUGUAAAGUGCUGUAUCCAUGGUGACAGUGCAUUAAUAACAAUGUAACAGUGCUGUAUCUGUGGUGCAUUAAUGUAACAAUUCUGUAUCCAUGGCGAUGCUGCGUUCAAACAAUGUAGCAGUGCUGUAUCCAUGGCGAUGCUGCUGUAUCCAUGGUGACACUGUGUUCUUAAAAAUAUAACAGUUCUCUAUCCUAUGGUGACGGUGCAUUAAUAACAAUGUAACCGUGCUGUAUCCAUGGUGAUGCGGCUGUGCAGUACCCACAAUGCACUGUGGUGUUUGUGAUGCUGUUCCUCCUGCUACUCGAUCUACGCUGUAAAUUAGACUCAGUUCGCUAAAACAGUUCCCUGCCUGUAGGUUUUUCAUUAAAAGACUGAUGUUUAUUUACAGUAAUAUACAAUAAAAAUAAAGACACUGUUGUGAAUCGAA